AGCGGGUGUAUGUGUAUGAGCUUUUCUGAGAACACACGAGACAUGCUUAAAAAAAAAACCGCGAAAAACCGAAUGUUUAUUUUGAUAGCCGGUUGUUUUUUUGCUACUCUCACGGUAGCCUUUUAUUUUGCCAGUGGGCCGAAAAUGUUGGACAAAUCUGAUCAAGACGACAAGGUGACUUUGGGGAUGGAAGAAUGUUGGUCAAAAGUUCUGCUCAUGUCGGAUUCAGGGAUCAUCAACUCCAAGCUGGAUCUGAGCCUUUUCAGUCCCGAAGAUUACGCGGAAGAUGCAAUAUACAUGAUGGAAACAUCAGGCAGACAAUUGCUGAGUGCCAAACAGCUGUGCAGUGUGGAGUCCACAGCAAGGCUUCAUCCCAGCAAAACAAUCGUCCUGUUGGUUGCCUCAGAUACAACGUGCACAAAAGAAAGAACGCGUUGGGGAAAAGAGUAUUUCUUAGCUGCUGUUCCUGCUGCUGCUGCUGCUGUGUCUCAUUUUCUUCUUUCUGGUGACUUUGUAUCUAGUUUCAGAUCACCAGCGUUUUUUUGCAGCCUGCUGCUGAUCCGUUGCUUACCGCAUACCUACGCGCGCGCGCGCAAAAAGUCGCAAGCAGCAGCUGUUCAAUGCGCCGGGGAUAUCCGAUCUUCGAAAUCAGCUUUUANGCGGAGCGUCUUCGACGGCGCGGCGGCGCAAAGAUGGUGGCGCGCAUGCGCCGGCGGAGGAGGCUGGAAUGGAAGAGCAAAAUGGUUAUUCCAGUUCGGUGGCUCGCCCAGGGCGGAUCUCCGAAAAGUUCUGAGAAAGUGCUAA